UCGUCACCUGACGUUCCGCCUCAUGCUCCGGCGGCGCUGUGAAAGCCUCAUCUCCUCCUUUUCACACUUCCCAUGUCUUUAAUUUCAUUUUCUCUUCCACAUGGCGGAGCUUAGAGUACGAGAGGACGUUAGGUCAGGAACACCCGGGAAAAGGCUGGACAGUCCGUUUGGGGACCCCAUGCUUGUUUCCCCCAGCAAAGAUGAGCAGCAGCUGCUGGCAGUGCCGUUCUGCGGCAGUAUAAAGGGUGGGAUGCGACCAGGGAAGAAGAUCACCAUCAUGGGCAUUGUGGGUCCAGAACCAGACAGUUUUGACAUCAGUCUGACGUGUGGCUGUGGUGAUGUGGCUCUGGAGCUCAGCGCGAGGUUUGAGGACAAGCAGCUGCUGAGAAACGCUCACGUCUCAGGCUCCUGGGGGGAGGAGGAGACCGCCAUUCCGUUCUUUCCCUUCAUCCCACACCAGCCGUUCAGGUUGGAGAUCCACUGUGAGCACCAGAGGUUUCGUAUACUCGUCGACGGUCAGCCGCUUUUUGACUUCUAUCACCGCGUCCGCUCUCUGCUGGCCAUCGACACCAUUCAGAUCAGCGGCAGUCUGACCAUCACCAAACUCAACUGAGGAGAAAAAACCCAUCAGCAUUUUGCUCACCAGCCUGAACAACAGUGCAGUACAGAGCACACUGGGCCUUUGUCAGUCUAAAGCUGUGCACUGUCAGCCUCCGUUAUACAGCCACAAACAGCUCUACAAUCUCUAGAGUUCUAGAACUCUCAGAAAGACAGCUCUAGAACGCAUAUAUAGAGAGUUCUACAGCUGUCACAGAGUUAGUUCUAGAAUCUCUAGAGUGCCACAAUUCCCAGAAAGCUAGUUCUAGAAUAUCUAGAGUGGUAGAGCUCUUAGAAGGUCAUCCCUAGACUUUCUAGAGCCCGUUCUAGAAUCUCUAGAGUUCCAGAACUCUCCGAUAACCAGUUCUAGAACUCUGAAAUGGAAUUAUACAACUCUAGAUUGAGUUGAGACAGAACCCAGAGAUCUCUAGAAUGUCUAGAGCUCUAGAACACUCAGACAGUCUAGAACUUGAGAAAUCCAUAUCUGGAAUCUCUAGAUUUUUCAGAUAGCCAGUACUAGAUUCUCUAGAGUUCUGAAUAUUCUAGAACUCUGAACUGGAAUUCUACAACUCUAGAUUGAAUUUAAGACACAACCUAGAGAUCUCUAGAAUGUCUAGAACACUCAGACAGUCUAGAACUUUAGAAAUCCAUAUCUGGAAUCUCUAGAUUGGAUUUAAGACAGAACCUAGAGAUCUCUAGAAUGUCUAGAACACUCAGACAGUCUAGAACUUUAGAAAUCCAUAUCUGGAAUCUCUAGAUUUCUUCAGAGAGCCCGUACUAGAUUCUCUAGAGUUCCUAAUUGGAAUUCUGCAUCUCCAGGUUGAGUUUAGGACAAAAUGUUUCUCCCACCUGAUUUUGUUUGGUUGAAAGUUAAUAAUAAUCAGAGUGGAGGGUGGGAGGAUUGGAACCAGGGCUGCAGGACAUGGACAGAAUACUAGUAUUGCGAUGAUAUUGGUACACAUUCAGAUUGCGCUUGUUGGAAAAUAGUUUAUUUGUAAAUUUAAUUAGCUAAUUGACCAAAAUUGUACUUUUGUUGGAUCCUGUGAAUAUUUCUGAUACAUCAAAACACCCAUAGAAACUCGUCUGGUGUGGGGCUUAAAUGUCUUAAAGGUGAAGCUAAGUUUUGACUCCUCCAGAAAUUGUUCUAUCCAUGCUCCAAACAGAAACGCAAUCCAUAGCAACCAUUGCUAGGUUGGAAAAGCUUUACACAAAAUAGGAUUGAACAGGAUUUUUGCCAAUGGGGAAAAAUUAAUCUGAACAUGCUCCAGUCACUAAAAACGUGUGUUGAUGCAGGGUGUAAACAGGUCCAGUAUUAUGUAGCGACUCUAAACCUGCCUCCUGAGGCCAAACAUGAUCUCAACAAGAUCGUCUGGGGACAGCCACGAGAAAUUUUAGGCUAAAUGUUGGUAGGAACUAUUAGUAUGGGAACAAAUUUAGUGUAAAAUUUCUAAACCAGUCCCUCGGCUUGUGAAGGCGUAGCUCAAAGUAUGGGCGACGAUGCGCUCGUCAACAUUGUCACAGGCCUGUUGUUACCCUACGAAUGUGUAACGCUGUAUUUUGAUGGUCCAGUGUAGAUGCUUGGUAGAUGCUCAGUCUUUCUUUGACUAACCCCCGCUGUAGAUCAUCUAUACACUCUCAGAAAUAAAGGUACUAAACUGUCACUAGGGCAGGACCCCUCUUGUCUCUGGGGUGGGACCCUCAGGGGUACAUC